AUGGCAGGCGGUCCAAGAGGUUUCCAUGCUCCACCAGCAUUCCAUAGAUUCGCAAGCACCGCUUUAGGGGCAUCAAUGUGGUUCUGGGUUUUCUACAAAGCACGCCAAGAUUUACCACAUAUGCUUGGAUGGCAUCUGCCUUUCGAACACGACCACGAUGAGGAGCACCACUAG